AUGCCGUCCUCGCACCGCCGUCUAGUCCACUGGCAUGCCGAGCGUUUGCUGACUGGAAAAGGGCGUGAACUGGCUCCUGGCGAGUCUCGCUUCGUCUCUUACUAUGCACCAUCUCUAGAUGGCGGCCUUCACAAUGUCUCAAUUGGUCAAAGCAUCUCAGCUCCGGCGGAAGCUGGCAGCGCCAAAGAGGCACCCCGCCGACCGUCCAAGAUUGAGGCUCCAUCACAGUCCUUCAUUGCCGUCACUCCGCGCUUCUCGCUCGCCCCGGGGAUCAUUGACUCGGUCUACCCGACGCCUGGCAUCAGCGUUGAGCACACAAUCUUGCCACACAUGGUCUUUACAGACCCUCAUCUUCCAUGGUCAAGAUCACCAUCACCUGCACAUAUCCCGGAAGAUGAGGAAAAAGAGAAUCCCCGAAGUCGUAGCACAUGGCUGGCUCUAUUGGUGUUUUCUCUGGAUGAGCUGCAGCUCAGCCAAAGUCAAAUCAAGCAUGUUUUCCAGAACAUGCCGCCGGAUGUUAAACUCGAGCAGAGCGAAACAUGCACUCUGCGAACGUUGGCACGUCAUACGCCUCUUCUGAAUGGCAUCGAGAACCUGGUCAACACGACAGGGUUUAAGGAACGCGAGGAUGCCAGAGACGCCGCCGAACCCACUGAGCUCAUCAUGGUGCCCGGCAAGUUGUUCAACGGUCUCUUUGUCGCUCCCGAUGGGCCACGAGACAAGUUGGAUGUCGCUUGCUAUAAACACAUGGCGCACGUGAGGCAAGUCGCCACAGAUGGCAUGGUCAAUGCGGGCGCGGACAGCAACGAAGCAAUCUUCAGUGUCGUGGUCAGUCGGCGAACCGGGCCCAUUGACGCCGACACGUCAAGUGUGAUGAUUGCUCAUCUCGUCUCACUAAGCUGGGACGACGAAAUGCCGGUCCCCAAGGACGAAGAUCGUGUUGCUAUGGUCAGUCUGCACAGCUGGACAUACACCUGUCUCGCAUCUAAAACCAAGGCCAAAACGUCUAAUAUGCUCGCCACUCUGGGUGAUCAUCUCACUGUUCUUCGCACCGAUGACGUCCGGGGGGAGGCCCCUGCAACGCCAAAAGGGGAAGAAAAGGACUUGGAUGCUCUCAUUGCCGCUCGUCGACGUGGCGGAUACACAGUUACUCACCAUCGCACAGUCACCGGGGAGGUCACGGCUGCUCUUUUUCGUGGACCACUGACGCCAGUGCAGGUCCCUCGACCAUUGACAAACAACAUGCUGAUGCUAUCAAACUUUGGGACCGACUUGGCCAUUUUUGAUCCCCGUCUCAGCCUUAUAGACAUAACCUACUCCAGCGCAUGGCAAUUAGGUAAGUCCCUAGCCAUGGCUGAUGAAGCCUUUUGCGCUGCUCUUGCGAGAUAUCGAAAUGCGGUGCAAGGUGGUGGUCUCAAAGCUGCGAAGCGCGAUGUCCAUGCGCUCUUUGGGCACGACGGAUAUGGGGCCCAAGAGCGUGCUGCUGGAAGGAUGGCGGACUUGGUCAGGGGCUUGAAUGAGAUGAACACGCCUCUGCAUACUCGAGGUGGCGAUACUACUACCGUCAGUACCAAUCGAUGGUCCAACGAUGAUGCUCAUGAAGACGAACGGGGGGUUCGCAUUCUAUCCGUUGAUAUGCUCUCGCAGUCCUCUCCCCAUAUUGUGAGCCCUGACUAUGCUCUGAUUUACUCCUGGGUUCUCGAUAAAGUAUAUCUCAACGACAUUCCGGCACAAUAUCUCAUCCCAGACCCUGCCUUCUUGCCUGAAGAGACGCUUCGGUUCUUUCAUAUUGAUGCAAACUGGGUUGAUGCUCUCAUCGACGGUGCGCUGAGUCUCGCGAAUCACUGGGGGGACAAACCAGAGCAGGAUUUGAGUCGAGCGUCAAUCAAAAAGGCCAUUAACAAACGUCUUAGGACCGCCGACAAAUCGCUGGGAGGCUGGCAUGUCCAGAUGCCACGGUACGGGUUCUUGCUACGCAGCCAAUUGCUUGUACAGUUUCCGGACCUUGCUGUCAACGUCAAGUUUUCGGAUACACGUUCGCAGCCCAUUGAUUUAGAGGGAGUCGAGGUUGGCACCGGCGUGAAUCCUCCAGCCAACACGCCCACCCAGCAGCCCAUUUUGGUUCAGAAGCGUAUAGCCCCUGACACCAUGUACGUCUUGUUCGAUGCGGCACCUCCAGACCUGCAGCGAAUCACGUUCACGGUGCCUCCUCAUCAGCAGUGCUUCAGGGCGGGGCACUCGUUAACUGCGGACAACCUCCAAUUUAUACUCAGGAAGAAUUAUACGACAAAAGAGCAGCCCCCGGGCCAAAAGCGCGGAGAAGGGCUCGGGAAUCGAGUGUUCAAUUCUGAUGGCACCCCGACCGCGGUCUUCAACUGGCAGACUCGCACUCUAAAUCCAGCCGCUUUUGGUCAGUAUCUUGUGAAUGAGCUGAGUGCAGCAAUGAAAGGGUACUUUGACGACAAAGGGCCGAUAUCUGCCGUCAUUGCUUUGCAGCUUAAUGAUGGUAUUCUGGAAUUGGAUAUCGGUGAUGCAAACGCGCAAGCCACGUCAGCCCCCUUUUCACUCUUUCAAUUAUCCAUACCCUCUGAAGCCAAGGCCGAGUAG